AGUUCUGCAGGAAGGAGACCAGGUGCUGGCCUCCAUGCUCCAAGUGGUGGCCAGGGUCCAUGGGGCCCUGUUUCAUCCCUUUGUAGGGAUCUCUGUGAGGAGAUACAGCAGUGGGACAGACCAGCGGGGUCUUCUGGCCAAUAAAGUAGCUGUGGUCUCAGAGACCACUGAAGGAUGAGUGCCCUGAUUGAUUGGCUUUGCUGUGCCCCGGUGUCUGGCCCAGGACGGCGCCCAUGUGGUUGUCAGCAGCCAGAAGCAGCAGAAUGUGGACUGUGCGAUGGCCACCCUCUGGGGGGAGGGGCUGAGUGUGACAGGCACCGUGUGCCAUGUGGGAAAGGCAGAGGACCAGGAGCAGCUGGUGGCCACAGCCCUGGAGCACUGUGGCGGAGUUGACUUCCUGGUGUGCUAUGCAGAGGUCAACCCUCUGGUGGGGAGCACCCUGGGAGCCAGUGAGCAGGUGUGGGACAAAAUCAUAAGCUAUCAGCUUCAUCUCUCUUGUUUCUGUCUGUCUCCUCUCAGGAGUGGUGCUGUCAUUCUGGUCUCUUCCGUUUUGGCUUACAUACCACAUGUGGAGCUGGGUGCCUACAGACGUAAGACAGCCCUGCUAGGUCUCACCAGGACCUUGGCAUUGGAGCUGGCCCCAAAGGACAUCUGGGUGAACUGCCUGGUGCCAGGAAUCAUCAAGACUGACUUCAGCAAAAUACUCCACAAGGAUGAGGCUGCCUGGAAACACUUUAAGGAAGACCACCAAGUGCGGAGGAAUGGGUGGCCUGAGGACUAUGCACUGAUUGUGUCCUUCCUGUGCUCUUCAGAUGCCAGCUACAUCACUGGGGAGAGCAUCAUUGUGGCUGGCUUCUCCCCUCGGCUCUGA